AUGGAACCCUCCUUGUUUCGUGAAAUCAUCUUGACACGCAAGACAAAGAACUAUAAACGUUACACAGCCCAGUCCCAGAGAGAUUAUGAAUGUAUUAAAAAGAGAAUGAUGGUCAAUGGGGUGAAGACAGAUUACGUUUCCGCUUAUAUGGAAAAGCAAAUAGGUGAACAUGUUACAUUAGUGAACCUUCUCUCAAUUGCAGAAGUGAUAAGCAAUCAGCUCAACUUAAAGAUCGACAGGCUUGCUAAACGUAAUCGAUCUGCAUUAUUAUGCUGGUAUGCAGAAAACUGGGAUAAAAUUAGUCCAUUAUUAUUAGUAAUGAACAAUAAGCUCCGUAGUUUCAUCAGAUCACCGAAGAAGUGUGAUUCAAAGGAAUAUACAUUUAGCAAUUCAAGUAGUGACGAAUAUUUUGAUCCAUCAGAUAUUAAUACACUACUUAAUGCACAUUAA